AUGUCGAACCCAGAUGAAACUCUGCCACCAAAAAACCAGGUCAUCCGUGUCCAUCGGUUUGACCCUCAAACCUCGACCUCAAAGCAAAAAAAAAUCAUUCAAUUGGGUGAUGCAGAAUCGCUCGAAGAUAAGACCCUGAAAGAAGUCAGGAAGAUCCUCAUAGAUAAUGCUGUAUUUGAGUCCAAAGAUCUAGAGAGCCCAUUCUGCGAAAAGGAUGGCUCCGAUGUUGGUGAUGAUAUGAAGGUGGAUUUAUACUCAUCUCUACUGGGUAUCAAGUCGGUCACCAAUUCCAAACUAGACUUCUACUUUAAGAAAAAGAAGCUUUUCACCAAAGUCGAUCAGGCAACACAGGAAUUUAUCAAACAGAAGCUAGAUCUUGCAUUUCAGAGUCCCCCUGAAGUUCUCAAAAAGAAUCCACAGCUUUUGACUUCAUCCUUCGAUCCCAGUGACUGGAAGGCAGUGCAGGGGGAAUUGAGUCACGCUGCGGAUCUGAACGAGAGGGAAUGGAGCGUGAUAGUUAGGUCGAAUUGUCUCUUGAAUGGGUAUCAAGUAGUCCUAGGCUUGGACAAGAAGCCGCAGAAGGUUGAACGCUGUGCCUAUAAUGUAGCGUUCAAAAUAAACCCUAGAGAAUUUGAAAGUUAUGAGAUUUCACAGUCUAUCGAAGAAUUUUCGCCGUCCGAUGACGCGAAGGAUCCGACGGAGAGCAACGAUUCAAAGAAGAUAUUUAAGUCUCGGAUUCCUCGGUUUAGAGUAGAUGACAAUUCAUCUGUUACCGUGGUUGAGACUAAGAAUGCAUUUGAAAAGUCAUGUGCCGACAGUUCGUUCUUAGAGGCGUCUUUUCAGAUGGCAGGAAGCGUUGGUAUAUUCGGCGUUUCGGCAGGCGUCAGCGCAGGUGUUGGAGGUGGCUCAUCCGACAACAACAACAAAGCAGAGAAGGAAAAUAAAACAAAGCUAACCGUUAAUUACAAUGUUACUAAUGCAAGAUCAAAGUAUCCUCGCGUGACCAUGUAUUGGGAUCCAUCAAGCCUCGCCGUCACGACUGAGUGUCUCAACGAAAUCAGAACGGUGACUGACCCUGAAUCACUGAGGGCAUUCAAUGAGAAAUUCGGUGUUCUUUUCGCUCGUCGAAUACAACUAGGUGGCCGAUUAAGCUACACUGAAGCGAGCACUGCUACUGGCUCUGUGGAAGUAAAAGAUCAUGCCAAUAAAUUGAAAGUGGCGGCAUCAGCUUCUAUCUCUCACUCUUUUGCUCAAGCUUCGGUAAAAAGUAGUUAUGAAAAACAAAGCAGGGAGGUUAAAGAGAAUUCCAAGCAGAGUUUGACGCGGAACCUAGCCUGGGAAGCUACAGGAGGAGAUACACUUCCUGCUGAGUGGUGCGGUACUGUGGGUUUGUAUACCAACUGGCGCAUUGUCAAGCAAGAUAAUGUGAUUCCACUAUACCACUUUCUCGCUUCCUUCCCAGAGGUUGGCGAAAAGAUCAUUGAGCGGUUUGAUUUAUGUGCACAACGAAAACUCACGAAUGAGGAGGUAGCAUAUUUUAGUCGCCUAGAAGACGAAGACGAAGACGAAGAUCAGAACAACGGUGACUUGAAGAAGGAACGACGCCAAAUUUUUCAGCUGCAGCUUCCACAAUCGGAUCUGUUUUUUGGUGUCUCUGACGGUGUUAAAGAGUUGGUGCAAUACGCCAGAAGGAAGAUGUUAGUGCGGCCAUCCAUUUCGGAUCUGGAAACAUUAGAAGAGGCCGGGGCAUCAAUUAAAUGCACUUUUGAAGAGUCAAAUCGGGCUACCCAUUUCAUAGCUGACACAGUGUUCGUCGAAGGCGAGGAAGAAAAGCCCUCCGGGGUUCCCUUCACGCUGGUGGAUGCAAAGGAUUCUGGCAACAAGGGUUAUGUCCCCGAUGGCGCUUUGGUCCAUCUUAUGUCAGGCUACGAUUCUGAUAUGCCAUAUACGGCAGUGGAAGUGGUUCAAGAGCAAGGUUUUGUAAUAAUGACCCAAUUGAGAAAGCCAGGCACCUCUGGCUUCAAAAUGCUUAUCAAUUUGUUUGGGUUUUCAUGUCUGGUUCUGUCGAGUCUCGUCCUCGGUCAAACGAAUAACGACAUUCAAAAUGAUCCAAUUUCAGUAUUCGUCACGUCUCCCGGCUCAGGGUCCGGGAACUAUGUCUUUGCGCUCAAUAUCCCAGCUAACUCGGAAGAUAUCUACUUUCACCUCUCUGGCCCGGAGGCCUACUCCUGGAUUGCAGUUGGUACGGGCUCGGAAAUGAGAGAUUCGCUCAUGUUUAUUGCAUAUUUGAAUUCGACAGGAAAUGGCGUCACACUCAGUCCCCGAAUCAGCACUGACGAAACGGAACCGAGCUAUUCAUCUAGCAUCAACGUUGAAACCUUGUCCGGCACCGUCGCAAAUGGAACCAUCUCCGUAAACGGUCGCUGCACAAAUUGUACGACAUGGAACAGGGGCUCUCUGGAUCUAAAUAGUACGAACCAAGCUUUCAUCUACGCGCUGGGACCUAGCUCUGGAAGUCUAGUAAAGGUACAGAGUAAUUCACUCUCAGCUAAUCUUGAACGACAUUCUAUAUACGGUGAGGAAACCAAGGAUUUCACAGCAAAUGUGCAGUCACUGACAGAUACAGGCAACUUCGAAAUGAACAUGACCAAAGCCACCGGCGGGACCGAUGGCACAUCUCUCCUAUCCACAUCAUUUUCAUCCAUUACAACCAGCAGCGGAGCCGCGCAAGAUGGCAAUCAGACUUCCGACAGUAACUGGCCCGUCAUCAUCCACGCAGCUGUUCUCUCCGUCGCUUUCAUCAUCAUUAUGCCUGGAGGCGCCAUCUUCCUACGCCUGAUCCCCGCAAGCGUUCGAUGGCACUGGGUCAACCAAACCCUUGCUACAAUCUUAGUGUGCAUCGGUGGCGUGAUCGGUCUUUGGUUGAGUACAAUGUACAACCGCUCUAGCAGCUACAAUUCUGCACAUCAAAUUUUGGGAAUAAUCUGCGUCAUUGCUGUAUUAGCGCAAUGGUUCCUCGGCUUCUGGCACCAUUACCAAUACAAGAAGCACCAGAUGCCCACCAAAUUUGGCGCCGUUCAUCUGCACAUGGGCCGCAUCAUUCUCAUAUUUGCAAUCGUGGUCGGCGCGAUAGGUCUGUCCUGGUCUUUUGUGAAGACUAGUAUAAUCAUCGCAUACGUGGUGAUUGCGGGCAUCAUUGUGGCUGUUGUACUUGCGCUAUCGGUGCUGAAACGCCAUACAUCUGCAUCAUUCUCGUUUCUGCAAACUAAAGGAUCCAAUAGAUCUCUGAACGCGGAAGGGAGUUAUGACAACAUUGAGGAUCUGUUUUCGAAUCGUCAUGAGUAUCGGCCGUAUGAGUCGAAUACGCCGUUGGCGAGCUACCCGCACAGGGGCGAUUCUAGGUAG